UCAAAAUGGUAUUUCCUUCAUUAACGUCGACUUCUUAUAGACCUUAUGUUCCUACAUAAAAGUGCACUGGCUCGAAAGUGCAUCUUACACUGCUCGCUUCAGUGCAUUGCGUUUCAUUGGCCCCACUUCCGUUCGCUCUUUGUCUGUUUCUAUGCUCAAUAUUCCGCGGUACAUUGCGCUGCACGAAAACGAUAAGCGGGAUUCGCCGUCAGACAGCUUCUCCUGUUUAUCACACUUACACGAUAUUAGAGGGUUCUUGUACCAGGUGUGUUGAGGCAGCUUACGCACAUUCUACCGACAGUACACCCAGAAGAAUGGCAUCUACAAAUAGGCCCGUAACCUUCCUUGCAUACGUCCUAUUUUUGUCCAUGAUCCUUUCCGGUCUUUUCGAGGAGGUCCUCUGCUGUUACCAGAAAACAGAAAGCCAACCAAAAGUGACAGAGUCCGAUGGCUGCGUUAGACAUGAGAUCAAAUAUUAUUAUGUAGCGAAGCUCCCAUAGGACCCUGCGUCUUCAGAUGGCGCCAUGAUAGAGACUGUCAGCGCCAUCCAUCCAUUGCGCGGACUACUACUUUUGUAAAUAAAUGACGUCAGAUAUGACGUCAGCAGCAUGAACAAUAAGUAUUGCAUAAUUAGCCAUGGCACGUUUGCAUUCGCGUACUUCGUUUGCCUUGUAUUCUCAUUCCCUUUUCCUGACCGAGCCAUACUACUCACCCAGGACAGCAAUACCAGACGAGAACAGAGAAGAACAAAUCACAUCAGGUUUAAUGACACAUGUCAGUUCGAAAUACGAAGAGUUAUCACAAGGUUUGACGAAGUAUGGCUACGGUACGAGAUUCCUGUGGUAUUGCCAAUAUGACUGCACAAAGAACGGAAAAGUUGAGAAGAGAAAUGAACCGGAUAGAGAGCAAUGCGCAGUGAUACCAGCUGAUCGAAACACUGAGAUGAAAGACAUUAAGACAGGAGAAUGUAAGUCUGGACACUGCCAUGUCUUUCCCUGGCCUUAUAAAGGACACUCACAGAAAGAGGGAGUGAAUUAUCCACGUCAAGUGGAGACUCUAUUGCCUGCCCCCUGUGUCGACGAAUAUGGGAAUUUUCAAGUGGCUAGCUCUUGCGAGUCUCAGUUCCCUGAUCAACUGCGCGCCAUCGGCCUCGUGGAACAGGGUGAGCAGCAUCGAACUACCAGCAGUGACACAGACCAGGGAGAACAGCAAGGACUCGAGGACGUAGCCCACUCUGUACGCGCACAUAGUUGUCGGUAUUGGGAACUAGAAACAGUUUCCUUCCGUAGAUUUCAUAGCCACGAUGCACUUUGUGAAAAGUCGAAUUUCAUGUUUUCAUGCCAGUCAUGUGGGGCUACAUUUCAGUCUCAGCUACAAUGGCUACAGGCUAUUGGGAAUUUUGUGAUUCCAACCUGCUGCACCAGUGGAAAUAGAUCAAAGGAGCGAGUCCUCCAUACAGAUUGUUGAAAGGGUGGAGUUAGACGGGGAUGGGGCUAAUGAAAGUCGUCUUGCUACAGUCAGAAAAUUGGGGCAUUUGUUCAGGACUCUUGAAGGGCACCACAGGUGCUCGAAGAAGGUUGUUGACACAGUGGUGGACUUUGUGGAACAGCUAAUGCUUGAGAAAGAUGUGCUGCUUAAUUCUGCCACAAUGAGCUCAGAUAAAGCCCGAAAACUACAGUAUGAGGCAUGUGGCCUUUAUGUUAAACCGGAACUUGUUGCCCUCCCUGGUGGUUCAAAAGCCUAUUUUAUUUCCUUAAAGAAACUCCUGCAGCAUUUAGUGAGGCACACUAAAUUCUUGAGGUACUUUAAGUCAUCCUUCAGAUUUGUGGAUGGUGGGGUCUUAAGGGACUAUAAUGAUGGCCUCAGGGUAAGAUCACACCCUGUUCUGCAAAAUCACGCAGAGAAUGUCAUAGGAAUAAUCCUAUACAGUGACGAUGUAGAGCUGACUAACCCAAUAGAAGCAAAAAGGGGGAUGAAAGAAAAGCUUGUAUAUUUUAUGUCACAUUCACCAAUGUCCCUCAAAAAGAAAGAUCCAAAUUGAGCAAUAUUUUUCUAGUUGCAGUGGCUCAUGAAAGGACUUAAAAAGUGCUGAGGCAUAGCAUGCUAUACUACAGGAUUUUGUAGGGACAGUAAAUGGUAUGGGAUACCUAUGUAAUGGUAUUUCUCUGCAGAUAGGGUGUGGGGAAGAGACAUUUCAUGGUUGCUUGGUUGCGUAUGUGGGCGACUCAUUGGCCAGUCACUGCAUUGGGGGUUUCAAGGAGAGCUUUGGUUGUAACGUACGCUUGGCCUCCAGGGCUUGUAAGCUCCCCACUUGCGACUUUCACAAGGUGCAGUUCGAUGCAGAUUGCCCACCACGAACUGACAAUGAAAUCACAGACCAACCCUAGUGAAAAGACCCAUCAGGCCUAAUGUGUUAUAGGUCUGAGAGGUCCUCUCAGGCUGGUGGACCUCUCAAGCUGAGAGGACCCCUCAGAUUGACAGGACCUCUCAGAAGCUAAUGCCGAAAUUUGAUAUCGGAACAUUAAUGUCCAAUUUCGCCGUCUACGCUCCACCUGUCGUCGGUGCGGUACACUCUUAGAAAUGGAUCUUCUAUCGUGUCUUCUACAGACACCCGAAAAACGGUAAUUUUGGGGUUUCUACGUAGAGACCACGCGAAAGGGCGGGGAAUGACGUCGCAUCACGUGGUUUCCGUCGUAGAAGCCACAAAAGUGGCGUCUGUUUUAUGCUUCACAGUUUCCUCCUUUCCCGGUCGUUUCCCCCUCCCCGCGUGCCACUGCUUCCUCUCUCCCCCAACGCAGGCUUGGCAGGCAGGCAGGCUUGCAGUCAACAGAAUUUGUUUCAAAGGGGAUUGAAGACUUUAUUUCGGCGAAGUUGUGAAAUUGUUGCAGUGAUACAGUAAAUAUUCACUAGACUUGCAAACUAUGCAAAAUACCCUGUUCACAGAGAAAUGACUCAGAGAAAAUAAAAAUGAAUCAGAACCACA